AUGGAUACGCCCGAUUUCAAGAUUGCCGUACUCACAGCCGUCGCUUCUCCCCAACAACCCAUACAACUCGCAUUACACUACGAACUCAGUCAGUAUCAAACCGUCAACACGACGGCAUCAGUUCUAGGGCUCCAAAUCCUCCAGCACAUGACGUUCCCCUCGCGUACACGGCGUCGAUGGCACGCUGGGAGCCACUUGAUAUCGGCAGGAUGGAUGAUUAGUGUCCCGACUGCCAUGGACUACACUGGAUCGACGAGAUCACGUCACCAGGAAACUCUACGAAGAAGUACACAACGUGUGCUUCGUCGUGCCUCUCACAAUAUGGUCGAGCGUCGCCGUCGCGACAACUUCACGAACGUGUCUAAAAUCUAUCCCUCUUUAUACACCAAUCAUUCGAAAUCUUUGUCCGUAGCCAAACCUAAGCUGGACAAGAAACCCAAACAAGCCCGCAAGAACGGAACUUCUGAAAGCAGUGCCGAAGCCGCCACCGCAGCACAAACUGGCGGGUAG